AUGAUUAAAAGACACUACAGUCCAUCAGCAAACAGAUUAAGAGGUGGUACCAUAAAACCAAGGAUACAGUCUUUGCCAUCUGUUUCUUGCAAAGAGAAAGUUGCUUCCAUGCAGUCUGAUGGGAUUGUGUUGACCUCUGAGGAGGAUUUCACUGCUACAUGGGCUCUGUCGGAUCCAGACCACAGGAGGUUUCACCAGGAAGUCGUGGAGGAAAAUCAUCAGAAUGUGGUCUCUCUGGAGGCUGAUGGUCCUCAGAACAGUCCUAAAGGAGACCCACAAGGGCAAGUACUUGAAAAACAGCUUCAAAGAAUCAGUGGAACAAAAUCGGAGAGUGGGAAUGAGUCCUCUCCUCAGGCUACUGAGUCCCAGGUGUUCGAUAGACACCAAAGAAUUAACACAGGGGAGAAACCCCAUAAAUGGUUGGAAUGUGGAAAGACUCCUGAUCAGAAUUGCAUCUUUGCUUCUCAUCAGGAAAUCCACACAGAGGAGAAAUCAUGUAAAUGCUUGGAGUGUGGAAAGAGCUUUGUAUGGAAUUCAGAGCUUAAAUCACAUCAAUGUACCCAUACAGGGGUGAAACCAUAUGAAUGCUUGGAGUGUGGAAAGAGGUUUCCUCAGAGAUCACAGCUUAAAACCCAUCAACGUAUCCACACAGGGGAAAAACCUUUUAAAUGCUUGGAGUGUGGAAAGAACUUUGCUAAGAGCUCACAUCUUAAGUCCCAUCAAUAUGUCCACACAGGGCUGAAACCGUAUCAAUGCUUAGAGUGUGGAAAGAGCUUUCCUCAGAGGUCACAGCUGAAAUCCCAUCAACGUAUCCACACAGGGGAGAAACCAUAUGAAUGUUUGCAGUGUGGAAAGACUUUUGCUCACAGUUCACAGCUUACUGACCAUCAGCGUAUCCACACUGGGGAGAAACCAUAUAAGUGCCUGGAGUGUGGAAAGAGCUUUGCUCAGAGUUCGCAUCUUAGUAACCAUCGACGAAUCCACACUGGGGAGAAACCAUAUAAAUGCUUGGAGUGUGGAAAAAGCUUUACUCAGAGUUCACAGCUUACAGUCCAUCAGUGUAUCCACACUGGGGAGAAACCAUAUAAAUGCUUGGAAUGUGGAAAGAGCUUUGCUCUGAGUUCACAGCUUACUGUCCAUCAAUGUAUCCACAUAGAGGAAAAACCAUAUAAAUGCUUGGAGUGUGGAAAGGGCUUUUCUCGGAGUGACACCCUAUCUGCUCAUCAAAGAAUACACACUGGGGAGAAACCUUAUAAAUGCUUGGAGUGUGGAAAGUGCUUUGCUCAGAGUGCGUACCUUAAAUACCAUCAACGUAUCCACACUGGGGAAAAACCUUAUAAAUGCUUGGAGUGUGGAAAGAGCUUUGCUCAGAGUUCAAGACUUACUGCCCAUCAACGUAUCCACACUGGGGAGAAACCAUAUAAAUGCUUGGAGUGUGGAAAAAGUUUUCCUCGGAGUGACAACCUAACUGCUCAUCAGCGAAUCCACAUGGGGGCGGAGUGUGUGUGUCCAAACAAACACUUGGGAUAUUAA